AUGGUCUACUGUGGAAAGCCCUCGAGGGGCUGUCAGAUGUGUAGAACUCGGAGAAUAAAGUGUGACGAAACAAAGCCUACCUGCAACCAGUGCGCCAAGUCACGUCGUCAAUGCCCUGGCUACAAGGACGAGUUCGAUCUCGUCUUCAGGAAUGAGACCAAGGCAACAGAAAGAAGGGCUCAGAAGGCCAACCGCAAAGCACUCGCCCAAAAGGGGAAAGACUUGGACUCGCCCACCUUCAAGAAUGAUUCCGACUCGCCUACCGCGGUCAUUCCUGGCCUGAACGUGCCCGUAGAGCAGAUGGCCAGCUGCCACUUUGUCGCCAACUACGUGUUACUGCCCAGACAAGGCAGCACCCGUGGGUUCAUGGAAUAUUUGUUGCCGCUACUCAAGGUCGACCAAGGGAACCAUCAUCUGCAGCACGCCUUCAACGCAUGUGCACUCGCAUCGUUGGGAAACCGGCCGAACGCCGCCGGGACGGGUUUGAGUGACCAGGCCUUGGGGCACUACACCAAGGCACUGGCCGAGACGCAUAUCGCCCUUAAGGAUCCCGACCAGUCCAAGUCGGACGCCACUCUUGCAUCUGUUCUCAUGCUGGGUCUCUUCGAAAACAUGACUGCUCGACAAAUGGGCAUGUUCGCUUGGGGUUCGCACAUUGAAGGCGCCAUCCAAUUGGUCAAGGCACGCGGUCGGAAGCAGCUGCGGACCAAAACCGGAUUGCUUCUCUUCAUCGCUGUUCGCACCCAAAUGAUCAUUCAUACUCUCAGCACAGGCACGGCCCCUAUCAUGGGAGUCGAAUGGUGGCUCAGCGACGCUGUCAAGGAUGAGUCCGCCGCCCAGUGCCAGAGACUCAAUAUCAAAACGGCCGAGCUACGCGCCGAGGUCACCCGACUGAUGUCGACCGUGGCCCGAAGCCCCGAAAACAUCGACAUUAUGCUGGAUAUGAUCCGCCGGGCCCAGACAGUCGACCAAGAACUUGUAAACUGGAUGAGGAACACGCCCGACUACUUCCAAUACACGACGGUAGCGUGGGAGGACAAUGUCCCCAACGGAGACUACGCCAAGGCCGAGGUGUUUCCCGGCCGUGUGGAUGUAUACCAGGACUUUUGGAUUGCCAGUGUGUGGAAUAUGGCAAGAGUGUCUCGUCUGAUUCUCGCUUCCGUCAUCGUCCGCUGCGCCGCUUGGGUCUGCUCGCCAGUGGACUAUCGCACAACACCCGAAUACGCAACGGCGGCGCGCACUUGUGUAGACACCAUUAGUGACAUCAUCGCAUCAGUGCCGUACCACCUGGGCUGGCAUCUCAAGAGACCAGACCUCCUCGAGAGAGCAAACAUCUCUGGUUUCGCCUGUGGACUAGAAGAGUCGCAAAAAGGUCUGCCCGGGUACUUCUUGACCUGGCCUCUGGCAUGCUUGCAUGGUCAGGACUACACCACAGAUGCUCAACGAGCCUGGGUGGUAGGACGCUUGAAAUUCAUCGGCGAUGAGCUGGGCGUCAAGUACGCCCACAUUCUGUCACAGAUGCAAGUUCGCAUUCCGUCAAUGCUCAUCAGGAGAGACGGACUGAUGGCCCAGCCGUAUCCGCAAGCCCAUAACUUUGAAAGGCUGCUGUCAGCAAGGUUUGCGCCGCCCUCGGCUGGCUACUCGAUGAACCCUCUGCAACAACGCGAGGCUAUGCAAAAGGAGUUUGUGGAGAAGCACAAGGCUGAGCUGCUCGCCAAAGCAACUGGUACUGCCGGUCAGGCGGGGCAAUGGGUAGCACAAAAUUGGCUGACGGUGCGGCCUGGGGCUCAGUGA